AUGCUGCACGACAGCUUCGCGGGGAAGUCGGAGUUCAGGACGAUCAACCGGAGGCCGCUGGAGUCGUGCUUCAACCCGAGCCCGUACCUGUCGAUCGACGUCAGCCCCGGCGGCCCGCUCCCCGACGAGGCCUUCGUCAACGUCACCGUCGGCGGCGUCUACCGGCCCGACGGCUCGCACUGGGUCGCCAUGAUCACGCCUUCAAACUCCAGUGUUUCCGGAUGCCCUCUCAGCGGCGUGAACUAUGUCGAGACCGGCGACCUGGCGAAGCUCCCGCUCCUGUGCCACUACCCCGUCAAGGCCCAGUUGGUGAAAAGCGACCCGGACUAUCUCGGGUGCAGGAAGGCGGCCUGCCAGAAGCGCGACGGAUCGGGGGCCUGCAAGGUCCGGACGUGCAGUGCCACGCUCACCUUCCACGUCGUCAACUUCCGCACGGACGUCGAGUUCGUCUUCUUCUCCGACGGCUUCCAGACGCCCUGCGUCCUCAAGCGCUCCGGCGUGCUCCACUUCGCCAACCCCGCCAAGCCACUGCACGGCCACCUCUCCAGUACCGACUCCACGGCCACCUCGAUGAAGCUGACGUGGGUGAGCGGAGAUGGGAGGCCGCAGCAGGUUCAGUAUGCAGGAGGCAGCAGGUCCGCCGCGUCCGAGGCUACGACAUUCACGCAGAAGGACAUGUGCAGUGUUCACGUGCUACCGAGCCCCGCCAAGGAUUUCGGGUGGCAUGACCCCGGCUACAUCCACUCGGCCGUCAUGACCGGGCUCCAGCCCUCUCAGUCCUACGACUACCGUUACGGAAGUGAUUCUGUGGGUUGGAGUGACACGGUCAAGUUCAGAACCCCUCCGGCUGCAGGGUCAGACGAGGUGUCCUUUGUGAUCUAUGGUGAUAUGGGGAAGGCUCCACUAGACCCAUCGGUGGAGCACUACAUCCAGCCUGGAUCGAUCUCCGUGACCAAAGCAGUAGCCAAAGAGAUGCAAUCCGGGAAGGUCGACUCGAUCUUCCACAUAGGAGACAUCAGCUACGCCACGGGAUUCCUGGUCGAGUGGGACUUCUUCCUGCACCUGAUCAGGCCUAUCGCUUCCCAGGUCGCCUACAUGACCGCCAUCGGCAACCACGAGAGGGAUUAUGCAGGGUCUCAUUCCGUGUACGUCACCCCGGAUUCGGGCGGUGAAUGCGGCGUCGCGUACGAGUCCUACUUCCCCAUGCCUGCCGCUGGCAAGGACAAGCCGUGGUACUCCAUCGAGCAAGGGAGCGUCCACUUCCUCGUCAUGUCCACCGAGCAUCCCUGGUCGGAGAAGUCGGAGCAAUACAAAUGGAUGGAAAAAGAUUUGUCCUCGGUUGAUAGAACGAGAACGCCGUGGGUAAUCUUCAUCGGGCAUCGACCAAUGUAUUCUUCGAAUCUGGGUAUACCGACCAGCGUGGACCCGGACUUUGUUGACUCUGUUGAGCCACUCUUGCUCAAGAACAAGGUGGAUUUGGUUUUCUUCGGCCAUGUGCACAACUACGAGAGGACCUGCGCAGUCUACCAGGGCGACUGCAGAGGCACGCCAAGGAAGGAUGCAAACGGAAUCGACACCUACGACAACAACAACUACACCGCGCCGGUCCAUGCCGUUGUUGGAGCAGCAGGGUUCAAGUUGGACGGCUUCUCUAUCAUUCGGCACAGCUGGAGCAUAUCAAGGGUUUCAGAAUUUGGCUAUGCCAGGGUGCACGCCACGAAGACCGACGUCUUGGUUCAGUUUGUUAACUCGAGCACGAUGGAGAUCCGGGACCAGUUUAGAAUUGUGAAAGGAGGAAGAUGAUCCAAUAACAGCUACGUACAGCUCAAAGCAAAUAACAGGAAGAUAGAACUAGUUUUCUUUUGUCUAUCCUGUACUGUAAAAACUAAGUAGACACACCCUGGGUUACGUUUUUUUAGUAAUAUUCAUAGCCUCUUCUAACUAUGUGUACGGUUUACUAUAGGAUUUGUACAAAGACUUGUUCCUUACAGACCAAUUUUAUUCCUUAGAUACCCACUUUGGUGAAAUCCAUUUGUUGCCU